AUGUCUCUUUCAUGUUCAGUUGGAUUGAGUGAAAAACGAAAUUCAAAUGGAAAUACUCCACUUCUUUAUGCAUGCUAUAAUGGAGAUAUUCAAUUAACAAAAUCUCUUAUUGAAGGAGGUUGUGACAGAGAUGCUUUUGAUAAAAAUGGAAUGAAUUGUUUACUUCUAGCAUCAUUCUAUGGACGUCUUGAUAUUGUAAAAUAUUUAAUUGGAAUUAGUUUUGACAAGAACUGGCGAGCUAAAACUGGUGGAUUUAAUGCAAUUCAUUUGGCAUCGCAAGAAGGUCAUCUUGAAGUUGUUAAAUAUUUGAAAAGUAUUGGUUGUGAUGUCAACUCUAAACAAAAAGAUGGUGCCAGUUGUAUUUACUUUGCAUCAAAAAAUGGUCAUCUUGAAACAGUCAAAUAUCUUUUUUCAGUUGGAGCAACCAAAUGA